AUGUGCCACGUCCACGGUCCGACUUUGGAAAGUAUCAUGCAUACAAUUGGUUCCGGGCUAGUUUUCUUGCUUGGCCAAGUCGGCUUCAUUAUUAUUUGUAACUUCUUAACUCUACAGGUCACUGUACUUUCUGUCGACAAAGUUGCCAAGAUGACGGCUGAGUUACAGGAGGAAACCGGACUUAAGUGUGCCAUUUGCCACGAGGGCCCGCGAAAUGUUCCAAAGGAGUCAUUAGGCAUAUAUAUCUAUGCUAGCCGUCACCUUUUCGAAGAAGAUAUGUCAAACUCUGUGCCUUAUUCUACUUCCUCCGGAACCCAUUCCGCUGGGACUUCAGCUAGCUCUGGACUUCCUUCGAACAUAUCAUCACAAAUCGGCUACCAGACAUUGACAAGCUUCGUGGUGGUCCAUUUUUCAUGCCACACAAAUUUCAUUUAG